UCUCUCUCUCUCUCUCUCUCUCUCUCUCUCUCUCUCUGCCGAUCUCCUUUCUUCUGUGAUGCGAUCUUCCACCAUAUCUGCAGAACCCCAUGAAUACUUAGCCCCAAAGUUUUGAAGCAUUUAAAGCUCAUUAAAAAACCCUAAUUCAAAGAUGGUCUUCUCAUCUCUUCCGGUGUAUCAGUUUGAUCAAUCAAACUGGCAACAGCAAGGAAACCAACAACCAGGUGGGUUCACAAACGAUCAAAACCCUAACCAUUUUCCGCUGCCGGUUCCCCCAUGCAUGAUGGCACCGCCGCCACCAGAGCCUCAGACCGGUGGCGUUCCGGCGGGGCAGGCUGGGGAGCCGAUGGUUGAACGAGCACGGCUGGCGAAGAUCCCUUUGCCCGAGGCAGCCCUAAAGUGCCCUAGAUGUGAAUCCACCAACACCAAGUUCUGCUACUUCAACAACUACAGCCUCACUCAGCCUCGCCACUUCUGCAAGACCUGUCGCCGCUACUGGACACGUGGCGGUGCCCUGAGGAACGUUCCCGUGGGCGGAGGGUGUAGGAGGAACAAGAGGAGCAAAUCCAACGGCGGAGGUGGCACGAGGUCGAAAUCAACGGUCGUGGUUGCAUCUGAUCAUCAUCAACAACAAGCUAGCACACCCUCUAGUUCGGCUCUUUCUUCUCACACAAGUUACUCAAACCCUAACAAGCUUCUUAACAUUGGCCGAAUCCCGGGUUUAGCCUCGAACUUGUCCAUCUUGCCUCCUCUACAAGGUCUUGGAGACUAUGGUACGAGUAAUAUCGGGUUGGAUUUCGGGGAAAUUCAGCUGAGUAACGCAAUAACCGGGAGUUCAUCAAGCGGUGGCUUGUUGGAUCCAUGGAGACUGUCGCUGCAACAAGCUCAACAAUUCCCUUUGUUGAUCAACAAUAUGACAGGGACAGUACUGGAACAAUCUUCAAGUGUUUUGUAUCCAUUACUCGAACGUAACGAAGGAAUUAAUCAAGAGCAAGAGACCGGUUACACGAAUCAGCUAAGAUCUAAGCCAUUGAUGGAUAUGAAUCCAGGCGGGGAAACACAGUCAGACGACGUGAGAGCGGGAGAGAGCAAUCAUCAGAACGGUGUGGAUAACUUGUCGAGGAACCUAUUGGCGAGCAUUAACAUAAAUUCGACGAAUGAUCAAUACCCUCCAUGGGUUGGAAGCAACAACUCUUGGAACACCGACCUUCCCGGCUUCUCCUCCAACAAUUCUGCACCAGGCCAUCUACUGUGAUCCUCUUUAACCGCUUUCUGAUCAUCUCGAGAUCGACUCAUAUCAUUCUUAAUUCUUUCGUUGGUUGGAUUGUACAUGACGUUAUCAAGAAAAAGGCGAUCGAGAUCAAACCCAAACGGGCUAUGACGAAGAUUGAUUUUGCCUUUCAAUGAGGGGGGAGGUAUGAUCAAAAUGUCAAGAACUAUAUAUUGGUAUAGGUUUGUAGAUCAAAUUUGGUAUGUUUGGUUUUUUUUUCCUCUUCUUCUCUUUGGUGGGUUUGUAUCAGAUAUGAGUAUGCUUAAUGAAAGAGUAGACAAAUGAAACGUUUUUGUGUGUUUUGCCUCACCGGUUAGUCCAUAUAUAUAUAUAUUUGUAAUGGUUAUUUAACUAUUU